AUGGCGGGAGAAACAGAAAAGUCCCCUCCCCCCCAAGAUUCGACACUUCCAUUGGGCAGUGACAAUGGCAGACACAUCGACGAACGCAUCCUCAAACACUCGCACGACGCCGACGUCGCGCUGCAAGCAAUCCAGCAAGCAGACGGCCAAGUCAUCACAAUCGACGCCGCGACCAACAAACGCCUGUUGCGGAUCAUAGAUUGGCAUUUGAUGCCGUUGAUGUGCGUUGUAUAUGGGAUGAAUUAUUUAGAUAAAACGACAAUAUCGUAUGCGAGUGUUAUGGGAAUGAGGACCGAUCUGCGUCUCGUGGGGGAUAAUUAUCAGUGGUUGGGGAGUAUGUUCUACUUUGGAUAUCUUGCAUGGGAGUUCCCGGCAAGUCAACUCCUGCAGCGCAUGCCUCUAGGCAAAUACUCCGCGAUCUGUGUCAUUCUCUGGGGCUUGGUACUAUCAUGCUUUGCGGCUGUGGACAAUUUCGGUGGCGCGGUCGCCAUUCGGUUUUUGUUGGGUAUUUGUGAGGCGUCUGUUACGCCUGGUUUUGCUUUGUUAACUAGUCAAUGGUACACACGAAAAGAACAAGGCCAGCGAACCGGCCUAUGGUUCAGCUUCAACGGUGUCGGCCAAAUCGUCGGCGGCGCAGUCGCCUACGGAAUCGCAAAGGGUACAGACAAGUAUGGAUCCUCAAUUGCGCCGUGGAAGAUUGUCUUUCUGGCCACGGGGCUGUUCACCAUCUGCAUUGGAUUGGUCUUUCUCUGGGUUAUCCCCGACAAUCAAUUAAAUGCACGGUGGCUGUCGCAGGAAGAUCGCGUGUUGGCCGUUGAGCGUGUGCGCAUUAAUCAGCAGGGAAUUGGCAACAAGCAUUUCAAAAUGUAUCAAUUCAAAGAAGCGCUCAAGGAUCCAAUGACGUGGGCGUUUGCAUUCUAUGCGUUGGUUGCUGAUAUUCCGAAUGGUGGUAUUAGUAACUUCUUUAGUCAACUGAUCGAGGCAUUUGGCUACACAGCGGAGCAAAGUCUACUAUACGGCACCCCCGGCGGCGCAGUCGAAGUCAUCGCCUUGAUCGCCAGUGGGUUUCUGGGUGAUUACCUUGGACGACGAGUUAUGUGUAGCAUGGGCGGUUUGGUGACUGCCAUGGUCGGCGUGAUCCUCAUCAUCGCACUACCUUUGGCCAACAACGACGGCAGAUUGAUUGGUUACUACAUGACGCAAGCCAGUCCGACGCCGUUUGUGGCCUUGUUGUCUUUGAUUAGUUCGAAUGUGGCUGGAUACACCAAAAAGACCACUGUUGCUGCUAUUUACCUGAUUGCAUACUGCGUGGGGAAUAUCAUCGGUCCGCAAACGUUUCGGCCUAAAGAUGCACCACGCUAUGUUCCUGCCGAAAUCACCAUUGUGGUAUGUUUGGGGGUGUGUCUGAUUGAUCUGGCAUUUAUUUGGUGGUGGUAUGCGAGACAGAAUAAGAAGAAGGCCAUGAUCAGGGCGAGUGAGGGCUAUGCCAAGCUGGAGAAUCAAGAGUGGCUUGACUUGACAGAUGGCGAGAAUGCCGAGUUUGUGUAUACCCUUUGA